GCACUCCCAUCAAUUCAGGGAAAAGAAAAUCUCUUCAAUCUGCCACUUAAGCAUUUUCAAGUUUGGCUGUCGGCGAUAACUGACGGAUGCCAGCACGAUGGCCCUUCGCGCCGGGCCUCUUCCUAUGACCGGUCGGCUGACCUUGCUGCACGUGGCAAGAUCAUGCCCCUCUCGACUGAGCAGAUGCUGCCACGUGGCUCCGAGAACUAACGUGGAGGCGGGGAAGGAUACGGGCACGCAUGUGCGGCAGGUUUCCAGGCCAAGAUUGGGACCGAUCGCGGGGAUUGGCGCCGCGGGAGAGGGAGCUUUGCAGCGAUCGGGAAGUGGUGGGCUAGGGGUACGCUUCGCGUGCCCCGUGGCAAGUCGUACGAGCUGCAUCUUGACGGAAAGAGAGGAGGCGGGCUUCGUGUGGCCGGGGCCGAUAGGGCGGCGCGCUCUUCCUGACAGGCUGCAGCAGCAAAGAAGCUGGCUCUCCACUAGUAAUAAGCGAUCAGCGCGCUGGCUUGGAGACAGGCUUGCAGAGAGAUGCUACGUGGUCGCCAUUCAUGCGGCAGCUGCGACCACCGCCGAGGACACCUACUCCUCCUCCUCCUCAUCUGCUGAGGCUGGAGCAGUGCGAGUUCGUUUCGCGCCAUCGCCGACGGGAAACCUGCAUGUCGGCGGCGCGAGGACUGCGCUUUUCAACUGGUUGUUCGCGCGAAAUCAAAAGGGCAAGUUCAUUAUUCGCGUGGAAGAUACGGACCUGGAACGGUCUACCAGGGCGUCGGAGGAGGCGAUGAUUCGCGACUUGAAAUGGCUGGGGCUUGAUUGGGAUGAAGGGCCAGAUUGCGGCGGCGGCUAUGGGCCGUACCGACAGUCUGAGCGGACAGAUAUCUACCGGGAGUUCGCAGAAAGACUGGUGGCAUCGGGCCAUGCGUACUAUUGCUUCUGCACGGAUGAGGAACUGGAGGCCAUGCGGAAAGAGGCAGAGGCAAAGAAGCUUCCCCCUGUAUACAGUGGAAGAUGGGCGACGGCAACGCAAGAGGAAGUGGAAGCGGAGCUAGCAAAGGGCAGCCCUUACACAUACCGUUUCCGGGUACCGAAGCAUAGCCGUGUGGCCAUCAACGACCUUAUUCGCGAAGAGGUCUCGUGGUCCACGGACACACUAGGGGACUUCAUUAUUUUGCGAAGCAACAAGCAGCCGGUGUACAACUUUUGCGUGGCCGUCGACGAUGCAUCCAUGAAGAUCUCCCACGUCAUCCGAGCCGAAGAACACCUACCCAACACCCUCCGCCAGGUGCUCAUCUAUGAGGCAUUGGGGUUUAAGCCCCCUCAGUUUGGCCACGUGUCGCUCAUCUUGGCACCGGAUCGGAGCAAGUUGUCAAAGAGGCACGGUGCCACAUCGGUGGGGGAGUUCAGAGAAAAGGGUUUUCUUGCGGAGGCUAUGUUGAACUACCUGGCCCUGCUGGGGUGGAACGACGGCACAGUGGACGAGAUCUUCACCGUGGAGGAGCUUGUCGAGAAGUUCUCCAUCGACCGGGUCACCAAGAGCGCCGCCAUUUUCGACGCCACCAAGCUGGGGUGGAUGAACGGUCAGCAUUUGCGCAGCUGCGCGACAAAUGAGCUUCGGCGGAUGCUCGGGGAGAGGUGGGUUCAGGCCGGCAUCCUGACCAGGUCGGAUGGACCGUUCGUCGAUGACGCAGUGGAGCUAAUUAAGGAGGGAAUCACUCUCGUCAGCGAUUGCGAAGCGAAUCUGCUCGAUCUCCUCGCUUAUCCUCUGCACCAAACGAUUGCAAGCGAGGAGGCAGCUGCUAUCUUGGCAGACGGAUUCCCCGAGGUUGUGGCCGCCAUCUUGAGUGCCUUUGACGAUGGGGACCUGGCCAAUGCCAUUGCGGGGGGUGAAAGCACUUGGAAGACUUGGGUGAAAGGGGUCGGCAAAAAGCUGAGCCGCAAGGGAAAGAGGCUGUUCAUGCCCAUACGCUUGGCUUUGACAGGAUCGAUGCAAGGACCUGACGUUGGACAGAUACUGGCCAUGCUUCAAAAGGCCGAGGGGACAGGUGCCGUUGCUAACGAGGGUGGCAUUUUAGUGCCUCUUGCUGACAGAGUUGCAAUGUUGAAGAGUAUCAACUGGGGAGCACUGGUGCAGCAGCAGCAGCAGGCGCCAUCUGCAGUUCCAGCUAGUUAAAGCUGAUGCAGCAGCAGCAGCAGCAGGCGCCAUCUGCGGUUCCAGCAAGUUAACGCUGUGUUUUUUCAGGCAGUCGGAGGCUGCCAAUUUUGUUCUGGUGUAUGCCUGCGGGGAGUGUGAGCGCUACGUGAUAGAUAUUAUAAUGCCUGACUUGUGGAGGGAGGGCUGGGGGGCAUAUUCGCCCACCUGUUGCAUGUGAGGGCAGGAGCAGCAAUGGAUUCGCCCCUGGUGCGAGGUAGGUAGUUGUCCAGACACGCUAACAGGCGGCAGGGGGACGGAAAAUAAAAAGAGAAGGUAGUAAGUAUUUAUGUACAUACAAUGGAAUCGUUUCGCAGAUCAUCUAUGUGUCCGCUUUGUCACCGAGCAGAAAUGAGGGUGUGCUCACACUAGGACUUUUUCGAGUCCUCUGUGGACGUAAUUGCCAUCACAUACAUGCAGGACGGGCCAGAAUUGCAGUCAGAUACGUCCAGGAAAGUGCUAGUGUGAGUAUGCCCUAAGAAUAGUAGUGUCUCAAUGCCUGGUCGUGUGUCUCAUCUCAUUAUCAUGACUUUCUUGUGAAUACUGACGGAUCAGCAGACAGCGCUGCUGCUUAGCCAGGUAGAGACACAGAGCUCUUAACUUGUUUACAUGUUCGCAUCUUGUUCCCUGGUUAUAUAUACAGAAGCCACAGCUGACAGGGUUAUCGAGGCCAAUUCUUACAGCCACAGCCACACACACACACACACACGGAGAGAGAGAGNAGAGAGAGAGAGAGAGAGAGAGAGAGAGAGAGAGAGAGAGAGAGAGAGAGAGAGAGAGAGAGAGAGUGGUGGUUUCCCAAGUCCAAGGAGAAGGCCGUUGAACCAACAGUAUCAGAAAAGCAAUGGAGAGAGAGAGAGAGAGAGAGAGAGAGAGAGAGAGAGAGAGAGAGAGAGAGAGAGAGAGAGAGAGAGAGUGGUGGUUUCCCAAGUCCAAGGAGAAGGCAGUUGAACCAUCAGUAUCAGAAAAGCAAUGGAGUAAAUAUUCAGUAUUCAUCCUUUUUUGAUUGGCGUUUUCUGAAGCCAUGAAACCAAGGUAGUAAGGAGCUUGGGUGAGAAGGAUCCGGGGGCAUGACGGAUGAACUCCAUCUGGGAGUGUGGUCGCAAGAUGGAUGAGACACACACUUCCAGUCCUGACAAUCCAUUUUUAGCUGUGAAAAUCGGUGGUUUUGCCUCACGCUUUUGAGUUGUUCAUGACGAUACGAGGUGUUUCAGUGAUGAGUGAGGAAUUGUGGUGGCAUGUUUGGUGGAGGACAAGUGGCCAUACCUGCACGCAUUUUGCAUGCUGUGCAAAAGAACUAGUAAUUGUAGUUACAGUCUUACACAGAAGAAAAAAUGGGAAUUCAAACUCUGAAUGCUCAUGAUCUCGUUCACCGUGUGCGGAAACCAUACAGGGAAGGAACAUCAGGAUACUUUCGGCGCUAUCAUUAGAAAAAGGAAAAAAAAAAGGAUAGCGAACUUGCGAUCAUGUUUUUCACCCGAUAUUCUGUUACUCAUGGCAGCAUUCUCACUUCUGAUAUCUCCAGCCGUUUUCACAAACAGCCUUCUUCAACACAUGCCAGGCGAAUGUUUCCACAUGGGAAUCUACCAAUGUAACAAGCACUGGGUUCGAGGAGGAGACAGGAAGGUGAGAGGAAGUGAACGCACACACACACACAAUCACGAUGAGACUCCGACGCAGAAGCGGACUGGUACGGUCAGAAAAGAGUACCAGCAUCAACUCAAUGUCAAACUCACACUCCAAUGUCCGAAACGGAGUACAGCACUAGAUGUG